AUGCUCGUCCUGAUCGCAGCGACUGUACCGGUACUUAUAUCCGUAUACCACUACUUCUCUCCGACUUUUCAGCCCCUUCUUCCCCUCUUUGGCGAAUCGAACCACACUGCCAUUCAAUUCCAAACUAGAGAACUAAGCGGUGGUCGAGUAACACUCUUACUGGUGUAUCAUAUCAUACGCAGUCUAGUUCGAAGGAUAGGACUCGGACCUCGUCUAUCUGUCAAUGAAGAAGAUACUCAAAAUGGUGCGGUAUAUAGAAUCAAAGAUGAUAUAUCGCUCUCAAUGCCUUUCCACAUCACUUCCUCAGAUAUCGACAAUUACCUACAUUGUCUAUCACCCUCCUCAUCUUCAUCUAACACCAAGCAAAAUAUCCUAUCCAGUGGAAGGCAUUUACAGUUACUCUUAUCCGCUUUGACGGAACCUUCAAUGCUCUUACUUCUGUCCAAGGAAAAUUGUCCUAUAGAUCCGAUAGGUUCAGUCAACGUACGGAACAAAUUCACUUUAAUCGAUCUUCCACGCUGCCAGCAAACCCUCCAAAAUACACUGGAUAAUGAAAGUAAACCCGGUCCCGGACUGAUAGCUAUGGCGAAGUUAGAUCAGAAUGUGAGAAAGGUUAAGAGAGGUUGGAAAUUCACUAUUAUCGUUGAAUUGCUACUAGAUCAAACUGGAACUGACACUGGAAAUGGAUCUGCUAUAUAUAAACAGGAAUUUACAAUGUUAGAAUUCCAUAAACAUCCACAACAACCCUCUAUACCACCUCCAAACGCCACGACUUCCAUCAAUAUAGGAUCUAUAGGGAUGUUUGAUAUCGGUGAAGAGGAACCUUGGAAUUGGGCGAGAAUAUCUAAAGAUUAUAAUCCCAUACAUACUUCUUCUACCGCUGCAAAGUUACUAGGAUUCAAAAGUACUAUAGCUCAUGGGAAUCAUAUAGUAUCCAAAGCAAUCCAGCAAUUGUCCGACCAUAAGAUACAAAUGGACAAGGGGAUGAAGGGAUGGAUAAAAGUGGAAUUUAAACGGCCGAUAAUCGUACCGUCCACUUUGGAAAUCAAGAUGUAUCCCCAGGAAACAGAGAAGGAAGAACAGCUUGUGGAGAUCUGGAUGAAUGGCAAGGUAGCUACUACUAUCACUUUUGGGAAUGAAUGGCAGUCGUCUUAA